AAACAGGUGAAUCCUGGAGCAGAGUUGGAAAGUGACCGAUACCUGAUAACUGUAGAAGAAAAACUGCAGCAUUCAGUUGACAGCAGCCAGGAAGCUGCUAAAAAAUUUCAGGAAGAGAGACAAGAGUCGAACAGUGUUGUCCACCAACCAGGCAAGAGGAAAAGACAGGUAUUGAAUAUGAUCCAUCUAAACAGUCUGCUUUUAUUAUCUUUAUGAAUGUGACCAUGAUAGGAAGAAAAGCAUUACAUUUUUGUUUCACACAAGAGUAAGUUGCAUUCCUAGGAGAUAUGGUAACCUGGUUCUGGUUGCUUGAAGGGCAAAUUGUGUUAUCCUCAUGAUAAACCUCUCUCUGGUGGAUAGUGCUGCAUGUAUUGCUACACUUAUCUGCUGGAAAACCAUUUAUCUGUUGGAAGGUGUUAUCUGCCCCUUCGAACAACUGAGCACUGGCAGUAAGUACAUGGCUCUUGGGACCAAGCAUUGACUUGGCUUGAGUCUUGGCCAGUCAAUGUGUUGUACUAUUGUGCAAAAGGCUUGACUUUAUCAGCAGAGUGUCAGGGAAACCUGGUAAAAUGCUGAGGGUAAACCUGAAUUGGACAGGCCUAUCACUCAGUGGGAAGCAGCAUUUAAUAUCACUAGUUGCAUCCUAGUCAUGUAAGCUUUGGUUUAGGAAGAAAGUGUGGGAGGAUGGGCACUUUUAUUUCACUCAACAUUCUCUACUCUAUGAAUGGGCAUUUGUCAUCACAAGUUUGGUGUUUUUGUUCACUCCAGAGUUUCCAGCCACCAUUUGGUAAUCAAACCAAUCAAUCUCGUCCUACUGAGCCAGACAUGAAAAAGGUAAAGACACAUUAUUGUACAUUAACUUUCUUCCCAUUCACACCAGCAUAACAGGUUUAGUUGACUGAAAAACUGAAUUUUCUAUAAGAAUUAAGUAGUCACUAGCUUGUAUUUUCAAUGUAUUGAAAAUACAAGUUAUUUAUGUAGGUGCUAAAUUGGAAGUCGACAAAGAUCGCUUUAAGUAGCUUCUAUGAAGAAAACAAAUUUAAACUGUGUUUCACGAAAACGGUUUGAAACAUGUUUAAGCUUUGGUUUGAAUGGGUGUAAGCUAUCUUCCUGCUAGAGCUCAUUUAUUCAAGAGCCCUGCUUCACGAGACGAACUAAGCUGAUAAGAGUGACUACAAGUUUCGACACGCGGUCUCAAACCAAAGAUUUAAAUCAAUCAGUCAAUCAUUCAAAACGGUACUGACCUGGUAGUAAAUUCGAUAUUGCAACAGUAGGAUCUGAAUGUAAUCAGGGAAGUUAAAUAUUUUAUACAAAAUUUGCCAUUUCUUUUUUAGUUGGCUUUUAUUAGUUAAUUAAUGAAUUAUUUAAUGUUAAAUGUGGCUGUUUUUUUCUAAACAGCGGCUAAAAUUUGUUACAUAACGGCCCACAAUAUUUGAUAGCAGGCAAAAUUUUUUUUGACCGCGGUUUUUUGUUUACUCGUCUUUCACCUAUUUCCUAUUUGAUGUUUUCUUUGCCCAUGAAGGCAGUUUCCUACUUAUUCAGAUACCGCAUUUUAACUGUUUCUCUACGAAAUAACCCUACAUUUCUCUUUCAGCCAAGAGAGGAAAAUCCAAUCCCGCGUCAUAAUAGGUUCACCAUGAACAGACCUCCGAGUAAAAUGGAAUUUUUCAACAUGUACAGUUCUAAUUCAAACAAACGAGAACAACAUCUACAAGCCAUCCAAAGAGAAGAACGGCAGCAUGGGAUGCAAACAGUUCUUCAGGCGUCAAACAAAGAACAAAAAUCUUUCUUAGGGAUAGAAGAACAACACGAUCAAAGAGUUCCUACCAAUAUGGCAGCUCGGAGACAACGUACUGGAAAAGAGAAUUCACGCAUCUUCAGAGGAACCACAAGUGGUAACCUUCACUUACAAACUCAAAAUGAGCGCGUUCGGGACAGUAAACGAAAUGCUACCCAGAUUCUCGCCCUCUUUUCAUCCUGUAAGGAUAUCCCUCCACCAAAAAUGCCGUUCCGUAAAGAAAACGCACAGACGAAUGAUGUAAAUAUUGUGAGGGGUAUUACACUUAGCGAGCGGAAUGAUGGUAAAGGUGAUGCGAUACGUGAUAUGGACGAUUUAGAAAACUAUUCCCAGGCAAAAAGAAUUUCUACCUUUUCAGAUGUGCCGCAGACAAAAUUAGACAAUGAUUCUUCCGAGGGAGAAUUGGGAUGGAACCAAGAUUUUAGUGACUCGUUUGAUUUGUCGCCAGAUUCUUUCGCGGCUUGUUCGGAUGAGAGGAAAGCGGGAGCUGCUGUCAGUGAUCUCUUUGAUUUUAAUGGAGGAGUUACAAGCUGCGAAACUGGCUCACAAGAGCCUGUGUCGAGCAAACAACAUUGCGCUUCAGUAAGGAGAACUGAGGUUUGGUGUGAGAAUGAUUCUGAGUCCAUCUCACCCGUUGUGAGACUCCUCAAUGAUGGAGAAAGAGAUGUCAUAGGAGAUGAAUACUGCAUUGCCGUUGGUUUGAAAGGAAGAAGCGCUGAGUAUUGUGACUUGUUAGGGGAGGAACAUCAAGAGAGCUGUGGAAAUUUACAGAGCCCUAAUGAAGCUGCCAUACACAAUCCGUGUUCUGUAUUACACUCGUCCCAAUCUCCAAGUCUCUUUUCAACCUGUCCAUCAGAUCCUCACGAGUCUGGAGACGAGAAGAUGGAUACUUCAAAUUGUGCUGAAGGAAGAUUGGAUUUUCUGAAGGGCAUCCACCAAAGACACGGUUUUUUAGAGGAGAAGUCUUCUUCAGAAAGACGUUCGCACAAUUCAGGAUCUUGUAUGAACUCAAAUCAGUUUUCCAACCAUCCUGGGUCUUUGUUUGCAUAUGCUGCUCUGCAAACUGAUCAAGACGACAACCUCAGAAUUCCAUCCUUCUCAAACUUGCACAAAAGGGAGAUAUUACGGCGUGUAGAGCGAUGCAACCAGAUAUUCGGACAAAAAAGUAUAGGUGAUCGAGAGGAGAAUUUCAUGGAGCGCCUUGAGGCAUCACCCGAAUUCUACCCAGCAGAAAUUAUGAAAACGAAUGACUGGAACCUUGCACCUGAAACGCCAACUAAAAUUAUUCUUAACAAUAGCCGAACGGUGAGUUCCUUUAACCCUUUAACCGCUGAGAGUGACUGGCAUCUAAUUUCUCCUCACAAUAUCACCCAUGAAUCACACAUUAAGGUCAUGAGAACAAAGGAAUUGAUCACCAACGAAAGAAGCUCUUUAUAAUUAAACAAAUUCUUCUUGUUAGCGCCUUAGGAAAUGUAUAGAGAACAGUAUGGAAAAUAUGCGGAUCAAUAUCAGUAUCUGAGCAACUGUCCACCUACCCCUCCCCUAACCCAACAUUAACCCUAACUUGUAGUCAAUUGACUGUUGUUGAAUUAGGGGAGGGGUAGGUGGGCAGUUGCCCAGAUACUGAUAUUAGGGUGUAAAGGGUUAAUGAUAAUAACAUUCACCUCAGAUAAAAUAAUAUUUUAAGUGGAGGUGUCAUUUCGAUACUUGCUCUGCAUAUUUGGUGGGAAGAGCCACUCACCGAGAAAUGCAAGUUCUUGGUCGCAGGACAAAUUAUGGGGGUAGGGGGUGGGGGUGGAAUGGGAGGGACCUCAUGGUACGUGAAUUUCUUCGAUCACCUUUAGCUUGCAGAAGUAUUUAUGGAAAAAUGUUUUUUACUAGUGUUUGCUCUCGUUAAGGAAAGUAAACAAGGUCAAGACAAGAUAAUUUUACUCUUGAUUGUCAUUCUCCACCCCUCCCCCCUUUCCGUUUUUUUUUCUUUUCGAAUUUCUGCUAGUAUUUUUUUUUUAUUUUUAUUAAGUGUUGUAAAACCAAAAACAAAAAUAACCAAUCAGAGAAAAGGAAAAUAUCACAUGGGGCCGAUGAGAACUCAACGUAAAAUCAAGAAAACCGCCUGAGGUGCGGGAAAACGCGGGCAACCGAGUCGCGACUAGUUUUGAAUCUGAUUGUUUGAGGGAGUCCUGCGAGGUUAUGGAACAAUGACGGAGCGGAGUAAAGCAAAACCAAAGCAAUACUGAAUCACAUUUGACAUUCAAUUGAAAGUUUUUUUGUGUAACAUUAUCGAUACUGUGUUUGACUUUCGUAAGGUCACUGGAGGAGAUGGUCACUCGUGGAAAGGUUCAGUGGUAAGCGACACUGCAAAGAGAGUGUCGGUGCAAAGACAAGAUCUCUACAGUCAGCCAAGAAAUGGUAAAUGGAAGUUUGAUUUUUCACGGCACGCUCAUUUGCCACGCGUUUACUUUGCCAACGAUCUCAGAAGACCUUAAAACACUGGCCAGCGGUUUGUGCCGUAGUUUUCAGUCUCGAUACAAGCUGGUGUCACUUAUAGUCUUUUACACUGAAGGAACAGGAACAGGGUAGCACAGAGUUAAGUUUGCUAAUUUUGAUUGUUUUUCCUCCAGGGGAGAAAAGAGCUUCUACUUCAGAUUUCAACCGGAUUGACUCGAUUCCGUCUGUUGACCCAGUGCCUCGACUGACUACUCAAGGAUUUGACACAAGUGAAAGUAUUGCAUUUUCUUCCAUGGAGGGAUUUGUAGGGAUCACUCCGAAACUACAAAAAUUACCUGAAUCUAUUCAACGUGUUCCUCAACUGGUAUGGAUUAUUUUACUUCAAGUUUGAUUAUUAAGCUUAUUUGUUUGCAAGAUUGCGGUAGAAAAAUUGAAUACUCUCACACUCUUGAAUCGGAUCAAUAGUUUUAAAAACAGUGUUCUCUUCUGGCAAUGAAACGAAUGCUAGAUUUAAACUAAUAAUAACGGGAGAGAUCAGUGCAUAGAUGACAGAUUGAGCAAAUCUUGCCGAAGGGUCGUGCAGGAAGUAGAGGGACUCUGAAACCCUACAAUUAUCGCAUGAAUCUAUCUUGCUCAUUGAUUGUCGAUACAUGCCAUUGCGUUGCGCGUCUCAUGAAAUCCUAACAACUUCAUGGUGUAACAAUGCUUGGAAACCGAUGUAACAAGACACGAGUUGCUGAGUGUCAUUUUCUUUCGCCCAUCGCCAAUAGUGUGAAGCCCUAAUGAUUUCUUCUCGAAGAAAACGCUAUGUGUGUAUCGACGGUCAGUUAUCAAGAUCGAGCCAUGCUACAACUUUACAAGAAAGUUACAAUUAAAGAAGAAUUUCCUGUUUCCUGACGGUGUUCGUUUUCACUUUACAGCCAAGACGAAAAUGUCCAUUUAUUACCAUGCCGCCUAGUGAUCACAGUCCGCCGCGGACGGUUUUUCCAAGCACGAAUGAAUACCUUCAUACAAUGACUGAGCCAAUUUUAACGGAAUUUCCUGAAGUUUGUCGCCAAACAACUAAACCAGGUGGUACACGCGGACAAGCACCACACCAGGGGGGGAAAGGGCAACCGGACGAUAUGAACUUGGAAAACUUUCCCGAGAAAAGACGAGAUACAACGCAUUCUGUAAAACUUGGCUCUUGUCGACGUAUAGGUUUAAGGAGGGUGGGGUUAGGAUCUUCAUGUGACACCUCAAGUGGUCAAGAUUUGUUGUCUCAGGCAAGAACACCACCAAGUCAGACUAAGGAGCGAUUCAGACCUCCUACUACACCAGUUUUUAUUGCUAAAAGUUCAUCUGGAGACGUAAGUGGGGCCUAAUGACAUUGAAGAAAUAUUUAAAGGGACUCGCACUGUGGAGAAAAAGGGGAAAAAUAUUAUAGUAUGCUGAUCAGAGAGAGGGUUGGUUAAGGUAUUUGUUACUGUUGUUAUUGUCGUUGUUGUGCCCUAAGGUAAUUGUACAUUGUCAUCUCUCGAAAUAGCGCAACAUGGCUGGUGAAUUGUCUUUUCCAUCAUCCGAACAUUGUAAUGGUAGUGUCACGCCGACUCGACAUGUGACUGUCCCUGUUACAUUCGACAAUGUCACGCAGUAUAAGCAAGUCUUCAAAGCGGCUUUGAGAGGUAACGGGACACCUUUGUGAUUUCACUUGUAAUUAGUCAUGGUACAGAAUGAAUAACUUUAGAAAGAGAGAGACCAUAUAUGCAGGAUUUUGUGUGAUUCUUUGUUUUUCUCAUUAAAAUAGAUAGAUUCAAUAUAAUCGAACCUCGUGCCGAUCAUGUAUGUUUUAUUUAUGUACGUGACUGAAAGUCAGGGUGCAUUCGAACUUCGUUUAUCACCGCACCAGCAGAGACUCUUGCCUACUGCGUUUUGCACAUGAAAAAAUAAACAAAGGAAAAAGUUAACUGGAAAAAAGCUGCAACUGUAGAAAAAGCAACAAACAAGCAAACGAAAAUAUAUAGUUACAGGUACACAUCUCAUUCAUAUGAGGUUUGUUAAUUAGUUUUGAAUAACUAAUAAAAUUAUUAUUUUGAUAAACAAAUAGAGCACCUGAACAUAGUUUUGUUUGAGCUGGCCCGAACUUACCACACCGCUCUUCAGAAGAUUGAUAUAUCAGGAUAUGACACCGCUCAGCAAGGUAUGGUAUAGUGUAUCAUGUGCACAAUCUCUUAACUUGAUGAUUUUAUCACAAUGAUAAAGCUAGAGGUAAAUUGUUCUGUAUACAAUUCAAUCAGUGCGGCAAUUUUCGUAGGCUUUGUGACAAUAGGCAUUGUUUGGCAGUAACCUCGUUUCAGUGUCAACUUAGGGGAGGGGCAUUUGCAGAACGAGGCAAGUUUUGAUGUAACACCUGGUAACACAUAUCGAACAAGACUUGGCUUCUUGGGCCGUGUGAUUUCUUCGUAGCUAAACAGGCUUGUUCGAAUCUCUUUUUGGUUGAAGGUGGCAUAGUCAGGAAAGCUUGUUUAUUUUCCCUUUCUAUUUCCCCACCUUUCAAAGCUGAAUCUGGAGGAGAGGCGAUAGGCAGGCUAUGAAUAUGUUUGACAUUCAUUGACACUAAAUUUUUCUAUUUAUUUACUCUCUUCCGUACUUUACAGGAAGUCGAGAAAACUCAGAUGGCCCCAGUUGUCAUCAUGGUAACAUUCUUGCAUACAUUCCUUUAAUUUGUAAUUCAACUUCUACUCUUUUCAUAAGUGAACUUUAAAAUAACAAAGGCGUUUCUCGGAGUUGAUGACCAAAAGAUAAAAAAUAAACUAUCAUUUAGAUUAAUACGAUUGUUUUAUACUGGAUUCUCUGCAGUCUCGGAAAACCAAAAUAAAAGUGAUUAGAAGGGCUAAUCAGGUGAACCUUGAACGGUUAAUUAGAAUCAUAACAAAUUGCCGUAAAUACCUGCAUUAUAAUCAACGCCAUGCAUUGUAAAACAUAGGUGUGAUGAUAUAAGGUCGUCUAAGAUUGGUGCUCUUGAAUACAGAUCUACUACGCUUGUUUCUAGUUUAGGAGGAUUGAAUACCCAAUGCAGUUUCUCCUUUGAAGAAUUUUGCGACUAAAAAUCGGAAUGCGUUCCUUCAUGUACACAUAAAUGCUCUAGGUGAAAAAUGGGGAACCGAAAAAACGAAAAACCGACCUAGCCAAAACGUCGCCUUCUUCCACUUUUUAAUGAAUCCAAGAGAGUCAGAGCCAAGGUGAACACUUUGGGUAAAAAUUUAAGACCGUUCAACUUAGCAAAAGUUUUAAUCACUGUCAUUUGUUUUGGCACAAUUAAGGCCAAGCACGUUUGAGAGCUGUAAAGAAAGACGGUCCAAAUAAGGUCAGUAACCUUUCCGUGUACUAUGACAAGUCGCUAGGUUGUGACUAUUGUUGCCCGGCUCACUUAAUCGGAACUGACCAAUCCGAUCACAGAAUACAAUCUUUUAAUUUCAUCUAAAGUCCUUAGCAAUGAGUGGUACAGAGGUUCAUAGGACUAGUUUCUCAUGAUAUGAUUGGUUAAUUUUGUAUAGGUGACCACUAUUACAGACAUUGUGCCAAAAUUCCCGCCUGUUUCUUCCCAGCCUUCUUUUUUUUUCCAUGCUUGAGUUCUAUCUAGCUUUCAUCCGCGGUUUUUUUGAACCGUCGCUCUUCUUUAGUCCUUGGUCUAGAGAAUUUAUUUGUUUGGCCGAUCCUGGAUAUAGACGUGGUAUCAUAGUCUACAUCUGUCUUUCUUCCCAAUUUUUUUCUCUUUAAUCCUUGGUCGAGGGAAUUUUGGAUAUUGUUACAUGCAGGUUGUCACUUCUAUUGUUUUCAUAUACUUUUUACGCAGGGGCGUCUAUUUUACACCUGCCCAGGAACAGGGCAAGCACAGUGCAAGGUGAAAAAAUAAUCAAUUUACCAAAGUUGUGUUGUUCUUCGCAGCCGGGAUGUCACGUGACUCGCAAUGUGUGAAAUCGCGAGGAGUGUCAGCUGAAAAUUACUCCAAUCAGAAUAUGCUUUGGCAGGACAGAGUUUCUAAAAUGGACUCUUUUUGAUAUAAGACAGAAGUAAAUUAAUUCUUCUUGCAUCCCUGCAAGCUUUCAGAAAUAUCCUUAGACCAGAUAAUACCUCUUGGAUAACUGUCGGUCUGAUAUUAUUUAUAGUGGAUGAUUAACAACGUUCAACAACGGGAUACGAGUGUGAAGUGCCCAGAAUGAGUGCAAGUUAUGAGGCAAAACAUAAUUGAUACCAGGUUUAUUUUCAGGAAAUGAAGGCUCAUGUGCCUUUAAGUUUCACUUUUUUCCACCAUUACAUUCAUGCGACGUUUCGUGCAAGUGAGGCAAAUUGGGAAGCCGUUGCUUUACGUUUGCAAGGAUCUCAAUAAUAACUAAACUCAGGGCAGGUAGUUUGGUGCACACGUUAACAAGGGGGCUGUAGGAGGACGAGGUGUGUUUGUGUUGGGGGAAAUAUUAUGUGCGCUUAUCAUUUUAAAAUUUUUCAGUUUUUUAAGUGGGCCGACGAAUACCAAUCCAGCAAGUCAGCAUCAGAGGGAACGGACCGAAGGUCUUCAAAUAAGAUCAUACUGUCAUCCGCUGACAGCUUAAUGUCUUUCUUCAGAAGUCAUGUAAGUCAGCCAAAUUCAUCAACAAAGAGAAAUAGACUUGAACUGUUAUUAUUACUAGAAUGAAGAAGACUAGGACACACACAAAAAGUAAAGAAUCAUAGUACUAAUGACAAAAAUUCACAAGUACAACACGAUUGUAAUUUUAAGUUAAGCUAUAUAUAUUUUACUUAAUGAUCUGUUUCUUCCUUAGAAUGUUUCGUUUUAUGGUGAGUGCCAUCUAUUAAGGAAACAAUCAGAUGCUGGGAAAGGAAGAUUUGGCGCAGCAAAGGCUAAGGUAACGCCCUAACGUAACACACCCGUCAGCGUUAUUGGCUUAGUGAAAAUUAAGUGAGGAAAAAUUGUAUAGUGUGUCUACAUUGUGUCCUUUUUGAUAUUUUCUAGAAAUGGGGAAGGCUAAAAUGCGAUGAAGCUACUGCUGGGAAGAAAAAGCUCUAUCUGGAACUCUCGCGAAAAGAUCAUUCUUCUACUUAUUCAAAAGGUGAGCUUACUUACUAACAACCCUCACUCUGCAUGUUUGGGCGCCAGCCGUUAGUUUCAAGGAAGCUGUUAUUUAAGCUGCAACCACAAAAACGAAAAAAACAAAACCCAACGUAACCUGCGUGAAGGGUUCACAGCCGCCUGUAACCACGUUGAGAGUAGUUUAGAUUUUCCAUCCGAUUGUUUUAUUUCUUUGGACAAUCGUAUAGCUGGAAGUUUUAAGGGCAUACCGAUGCGAUUGCCUCUAGAUUUUAAAAAUGAUUUCUUAAUUUAUACUCUCUUGUUAAAAUAAUAUGGUCAAUUUUCCUUGCAGAUGACAUCUGGAUCAUUUCAAAGACUUUGUCUUUUAAUCCAGAUUCGACAUUUAUAGCGAGCAGUGUUUAUUAUGGACCAUCGUCCGGCGGAGAGCUAGAAUUAUCACCAAUCAGGUCAGUGGCAAUUAAACUGCUUGUCGUUCGCUCGCCUCCAUUGUAGGAAGGCCUGUAACAGUUCAUAACACUGCUUACAUACAGUUUCACAUUAAAAAAGUCACCACGUUUUGUUUUUGCACUUAUAGAUUGACUUAUUGAUUGUGUGUGGCAAACAUUCGUAUGUUCACUAUACUAAUUAGAAAUUUAUUUAGCGUUUUAUUUUUUUAAGCGUCUCUGUUGACUUGAAUCUUGCUUUUCGGUGUUCCUAAAACGCGCAUGCUGUAAGAUAACUUUGUUAUUUUCGUUUCAGUGGAUAUUCUCCCUCAAACUGGCAAAGUGGAGGUCAGUUUUUUUGCGUUUUUGUUUGUUUGUAUGUUUUGUGCAAAAUAGUUAUAGUUAGCUGCAAACUAACAAAACAAAGGUUAUUUGGAAGGGAGUAAACUAAAGAUAUCGGGGUGUCGUUCAAAAGUGUCUAGACGGAUAAAAUAGUUUAUGGCGGAUUGUGUUAUAAUAAUAAUAAUAAUAAUAAUAAUAAUAAUUAUAAUAGUAAUAAUUAUUAUUAUUAUUAUAAAAUGAUAAUAGUAAUAAUAUUUAUACAGGAUAACCUCGUCAGUGCAAUAAGCAGUGGUUUCAAAGGAGGUCCUGUCAAUCAUUUAUGAUUUAGUUUUAAGAAUUAUUACUUCAAAUCGCGUUAUGUCAAAGAGGUCUCUUAAAGAGAAAAGCACAUCCCUGCUUGUGUCUUAAAAGCAGGGAGGCGAUGUUCGACAUGUUUAAUAUAAAUGGAUCUUUUCCCUGAACAGAGACCGUUCAUGCCUUGAUGGCCUGCAAUGCUGGUACAGAACUGACUUGUAUUAGUAACAUUGACGAACAUGUUAAGAUGCAGAACGUGCCAGUGUUACCGUACCUUCUGCAAAGGUAGGAACUCGUUACUAGUGUCCGCUUUCUUCAAUGAAAAGAUCCUAUUUGUUUGGAAAUGUGAUAAUAUAUAAUCUCAUGAACAAAUAGAUUCGAUGUUACUCUGGUUCUAUUGAGUAGUAGAUUACAGAUGACGUCAAAAUGUGGUAAGAAGUGAAAAAGUGGCACUUGAGGCGAAGCCGAGAAUGUUACGAGAAUAUUAUUAUAUAUUAUUACUAAAGAUACGUUAGGUCUGUCUAAGCUAGUUUAUUCUUUUACUAUAAUUGUUAAAGAAGCUCCGUCACAGGUCAUAUAACGUGAAAGAUUUACCCUAAAUUUUUUAAUGUGGUCAUUAUUCUUUACCCGAGUGUUCUACUCAUUUCGGCGUUUUUCUAUCGUACUAAACUAAGGGGUUUUCCCCUUGAAAGGUUGAGGUGUUUCUUUUUUUUCUUGUUGUAGAAACUUCAUCAGAGUACGCGACGUAGAAUCUCUCCUUUGUGACGAGAUAUCCAAACUUCGGUCACGGUUUUGAUUAAUUGAAUUCUUCUAACCAAGCGAAAUUAUUUUUAUUCAAGAGGGUGAAUCAAGGCACGAAUUUGUUAACCGCGCGAAUCACCUAUGAUGUAGACAAGUAAAGAUCUCGCGAUAAACACAAAACUUUACACGAUGGAAUUGGUUGGCAAUUUUUUUCCUAAACCCUUGGUAUUUAAUUUUGUUUGAGCUGGCAAUUUGGGUUCUCGCAUUAAACGAAAAUGACGACCCCUUCGUCCAGGUACUUUAUUUCUGUCUUAGAAAGAAAAAGAGAGGGCUCACAUACAUAUUGACUUUAUGCUUUUCUAUCAGAGGACUGACGGGGCAACAAAGCAUCAGAUGCGCAUCAAGAGCAGCUUCUUUCGUUCCGCCAAUUCGUACAGGUUCCAGUGGUCCACUCAACCUUCCUCGUGAAGUAACGGUAGGCUAACGUUGUCUCCUUGUGACAGAUUUAUUUUGCUUCUAAUCCUGAUGCCUUGAGGACUCUGCGCUAGAAAUGUAAAGCUCAACAUUAAUUUGGGUGUCUGGAGAGGCUGCGGGAACGAGACUGCCAACGGCUCAAGUAAAAUAGAAAUCAGUGUUAAAACUUCUCAGUCAGUUGUCCUCCCCCCUCCCCCUCUCCGUCCCCUUCCCCCUUCCCCCUUCCCCCUUGUCCCCCGUCCCCUCUCCCCUCUCCUGCUUCUUUAAAUUGGCCUCUUUCUCGUUAUUUUCUCUUGAAGUCUUGGUUAGUUAUGGAAACGACAAUUUUUUAAAACCCCGCUGAAGUGAAGUAGGUGAAUACGAAAUGAAGAUCUUUUUACGUUAAUUGUAACUGUCUUGAACGACUGAGAGAGACUGCAAAAAAUUUUGGAGGCUGCAAAGUUAAUAUUUCGAAAAUUCUAUCCAUCACACUCAAUUCUUCCACGCCCAAAGGCAGAAAAUAGUUAAAUAAAACACAAACCAACAUACAAACUAAAUGUAGAUAAUACCAACACUUAGCACUUAUGGAUUUAUGUGGACGUUGUAACAACAAUUUUAUUUUUGCUUCAGGAAAGCAUUGCUGAAGAAAUGAUAGCUCGUUUUGGCUUGAACAAGGUUUGUUGUAAAUAUUAAUAUACAGUUGAGUUCCUUAGUAUUUGUAGUAACUCUUGCGAGUAAGUUAACAUUUGUGUAAUUAUCCUUCUGCAGGAUCAAGCCGCCGCUCUGCUGUCCUGUGCACUUAUGUUCUCAUCGGAAUCGGAAAGGUCUUCAGCACCAGUCUGUUUGAUACAUGGUAAGAUUCUGUAUUCAAAAACUAGAGAACACUACUUUAGCAAAAAGUAAAAUCAAUUUUUAAUAACAAACAGAGCUUAUGAGAUCAUCUAUCGAUUAGUAUAUUUCCGAGGUAUUACGCAUAUGCUGACUAUUUUUCGCAAAUAGUUAUUUUCAGGUCACGUGAUGGUUUCUUAGCCAAUGAAAAUAAGCCAAAAAAUAAUCGAAUGAUGACCAUAUUUAAGUUUAGUUAUUGACAUCGAUCAUGCUUGUUUUACAGUAUAAUUAUGGUACCGAAACAAGAUAGUGAAGGUUUGUUUGUGUUAAAACGGCGGUCUCUUCUUUCUCUUAGGUGUUUUUGGAGCGGGAAAAAGUUUUCUGCUUGCAGUCGUGGUUCUCUACCUGGUGGAAUUGUUCAAAGCCAACGAUUCUUUCAAUCAACAAAGGUAACAUCACCUUUGUGUCAGUUCAAACUUCUAUAUGCUUUAAAUGUCAAAUAUACCAACUAACCUGACUUAAAGUAAGACCAAGGGUUAUCUCCCGGAGAUUUCCUUGAAGUUUGCUACUUAUUCGUGUACCCUCCAAUUUAUAAUCUCACCGACACUUUCGUAUCUAUACUUAUGUUUUUCAUUUUUGCUUCCCAGUGACAACGUGUCUUCAUGGAAGAUUUUGGUAUCCUCCACAACAAAUGUAGCGGUGGAUCGCAUCUUGUUAGGGUAAAAUCUGAUGAUUAAAAAAUCGGAUUAGUGUUAGUAUCUGAGCAACUUCACACCCACCCCUCUCCUAACCUAACAACAGUCGACUGAUAAAAAGUUAGGGGAGGGGUAGGUGGGUAGUUGCUCGCAUACUGACAUUGCUCCAGAAAAAAGAUUAUAAUCUAAAAUAAGCUGAUUGACAGAUUUUCCUCAUCGUCAUUUUUUUUGUUUGUUUUCACGCUGAGAUUACCGGAAUGGUGAUGGCUUCAGAAAUCUUUAUUUAUUCCCUUUUAGAUUGCUUGACCUUGGCUUUGAAGAAUUCGUUCGUGUGGGAAGCAUUAGAAAGAUCGCUAAGCCAGUGUUGCCGUACAGUGUGCAUAGUACAGGAAGUGAUAGCCAAGAGUUAAAAGAACUACAGUCACUUCUGAAGACUGAGCUUACCCCGUCGGAGAGAACGUAAGCACAUGUUAUUGCAUAGAGAAUGAAAUAUAACCGAAACCUACGUUCACUUCUGUAGAGUGCUUUAUUUGACUUUCUCUCGGUCAUUGUUUUCAAGAGGAACAGGUUACUGAACCGCCUUCUUGUUUGACUUUGUUGUGACAUUUUUCUCAAUGUGUGUAAGUUGUGGAUGUUUUCUUAUUUUAGCCACGUGAGGAAAGGUAUUGAACAACACAAGCUGGGAGAAAAUAAACGAGUGAGUAGAAAAGUAAACAGGCAAACGAACAAACGAACCACCGAACAAAAAAAUUGUUUCUGUUUUUCUCUAUCACGGGAAAGAAAAAUGGUGUUUGCUGUUUGUCCGUAUUUUGACAUGUUUUUUGCUAAGGUUGGUUUGCAGCUUUUAAAUCUCAGUAACAGUUUUAUACUCUCUCAAUCGAGAAAACAGCAGUAGAUGAAUUUUACGGUAGGUAAUGAGUUUAAGUGCAGUCCUUUCUUGGGUAAUUCUCAAUGUCCAUAAAUUUCUAAUUUUUUUAAUUGUAAAAUGAAUGGCAUGACGUUUUUUAUCUUCCAAUUUUUGUUCAGAAUUAUGAAAGAAAACUUCGGCCGUCGCCUUUUCUUAUUUGCUCAGUCUGUUGUUUUACCUGUAAAACGUCAACAAGAUAAUUUACCGCUCACUCAUGCUCCACCUGCAAUGUCAACGCACUUGUCUCGACGCUUAGUAGGUUAGGCAGUUAAGAAAAUCUCCAACAGUUAACAAUUUCUGUACAUUUAAAACCGAUAGUAAUCAUUACCAAAUGGUAAUUGAUUUUUAUGGGCUUAGGGGUCGUUUUUCCUUUCUUUUUUCCGUCUGGUCGAGACAGCCUGUUAACCUUUAUUUUCCCAGAAACCAUUUGGAUGGAAAGUUUUAAAUCAGUUGUAUUUGUUUAUUUUGACAUGAAGUGCUAGAGUACAGUUUCGAGUUAAAACAAACUUUUACAUUAUCAAAUUGAGGAUUUGUGGUACUUGGUUACAGACUUCUUGCACGAAAUAAAGAGAAAAUUUAUUCUUGCCCCGCACAGUUCAUGACUCAGUACGAAUAAAUUCACUCAGUUUUCCUACCACAAACACACAGCAAUGUGAAGGUGAAAAAACUAUCUUUUCAUUAAAGAGCGGAGAUUAUGCUUGAAUAUUUGCAAGGCUGACUUGCCGGCUGUUUUCCGCGCUAACUCUAACGCGAAGUCCAAACAAGCACGGGAGAGACAUUUUAAAGCCGUUUCUGUAAUUAGAACUUUGAAAUGCGUACAACACAGGAUUCAGGGAAGAGCUCAGGUACAUUAGAAGCUUGACAACCUCGAAGCCGUUCGAAAGUGCGUUUUUUCCGUCAUCACUGAGCUUAUCCGCGUAAUUCGACGCUAGAAUCAUCAUGUACAAACCAAACGGGAGAAAACAUGUAUAAAACACAACUGUUACUAUGAUCAGAAGUUUCACGAUCUUCCUCUUUGAUUGGAGAUCUCUGGGAUCAAAGGUCCUUGCGCUGUUCUCAUUGUUAAAAUGAAGUGCGUUGAUGACUAACGCGUAGCAAAAACUGAUGAUAAUGAUUGGGAAAAAAAUGUUCACCGUGAUAAUAACGACCACGGCGUCUCGCAUGGAACGGGCCGUGUCGUUGCUCGUCCACGGACUUUCACAACUGCAUGUGACUUCAUUAAACGUCGUUUCAAUGAACGCUGGGAUCUGUGCGACGCUCGCCGCUACCCAUGUUGCUGCUAAUGCGUAGACCACGUUAUUUUCAUUUAUCCAUGGCGGUUGAAAUGGCUUGACGAGCGAAUGAUAGCGCUCGAUUGCCAACAAACUCAACGUAUACACGGAUACCGCCAAAGUAAUAGCCGCCAUGUUGCUAGCGGUCACAAACUUGCACAACCACUUCCCCAUUUCUUCCGAAGGGUGUGCGUCCACGAUAUCGAAAUAACGCUUUGGAAGAGACCAGAUUAGUGAGAGAAUAUCAGACACUGCUAUAUUGACCAACAUAAUGUUCGUAGUGGUUCGCAUGUGACGGUUCUGUCGGACGACAUUGAUCACCAAAGCAUUCCCAGUGAUUCCCAGUAUUGCUAUAACGCUAUAGAAGACAGCCAAAGCUACCUCUACUUCUUUAUCAUUUCCGAGAAAACAGAAGCGAGGUUCUACGGUGGAGUUGGAGUUAUCAGCCAUGGGGUCAAACUUCACAACACACUUGAGGCUUCGUUGAAUUUGAAUAAAGCUGUGUAAGUAACAAAGAUGACCUACAUCUUUUUCUGUUUACACUUCGAAGACGCAUUUAACUUAAACUAAAGUUUGAUUUGUUUGAUUAAACAAAAUUUUCCUGGCCAUGUUUUGAACGUUUUAGCUUAGGUUAGCUUGUCAAUACUUUGAAGGGAAGCUAGUUAAAAACUGCUCUAACCAACAAAAUCAUGCAUUUUAGAUUGAAUUUUUUUUUAAAUCAAAACGUAAUAAUUGCCAAAAAUAUGAUUUGUUGUUUCUGAUUACUUCACUUAUCACCGACGCUUAAACAUACAUAUGUAUUAUGCUUCAAAGUUAAGAAGAUUAGAAAUACAAUUGCAUGAUUUAACUCAAAUAAAUUUGGAAAGUUGAUUUGUUUUUCGACUUUUGUUUUUCUUCAUAUUUGUACUUUAUGAAGACUUUUACAAUCUUUGUUGUGAAGUCCUUACCUAUAUUCCUCUAAUAUUCUAUCUAAGAGGGUCUUAAAAGCUGAUAGUUGUAUGUUUUCCCCGUCCCUUUCGCGUCUGCUCUCUUUCCGCAUAUUGUGCAAUAAAAUAAAAAUUAUCUGAUUACAUCUGAGUACAAUCGAUUUACUUUCGCCUGAACUGCUUCCUGACUUCAUUCAUAUUAUUCUCAUGAAUUUGAAUAUAGAUCGCACGAUAACUGGGAUUAUUGCUCCCUUUGUUUAUUCACCUUUGUGUUGAGAGUACUCUGUGAAACGGCGGAAUAUUUUUUCCCUUAAUUCAGCUGUAAGGCAACAGCAAACCGAGAAGCCAACUUACCUAUCUCUUUCUUUCCUACAUGAAGUGAUCUGGUGUAUUCCUUCUGAGCUUCAUGUAGAGCUAAUCCGUCCUACACCGUGGAGGGUAGCCAAGAGUGUGAUUCUGAUCCCGUUUCACGUACGAAUUCUAGAACAAUUCACGCGUCACGUGUACUGAAAAUAAUUUUCCACGGGUCACGAAUUCUAAAGUAGACUUUCAAAUCUUAUCGUACCUCGCCUUUCUGUAAAAUUCACGCGUCACGUGUUAAUUUUUUGAGUUCGAUCACGCGCUACGAAUUUAUUUUGUGUUUAAUCACGCGUCACGCGCCUCUCUCACCGCAGGCAAUUCACUUUCAUCACUGUCUCUCUGGUUCCCAAGAAAUUUUUGAUAAUCAAACAUAAUUCUGGGUGAGAGGGAGCAAUUUUAGACCACCCACUUACGUUAAAUAUAAGCUGCAAUAUUCGAUCGGAAAGCAGAAUAGACAGCAAAAACAAAACUAAAACAUUAGUCUUUGUUCUUCACAACUAGAUUCGAUCUGAUGCGCAGCAUAGUGGAAGGCUCAGUGUAUCGUCAUUAUUCCUGGAAUUGAAUAAAACUAAACUGAUGUUAUAUGCUACACUUCAUGUCAUUUAACAAUUAUUCCUUGAGCACGCAUUGGAUAUGAAAUCAUAUGGUAAGUGCCAACGAGGCGCAGACCGCCGAGUUGGCUAUUGCCAAUCUUGUAUCUAACAAUUGCAAAUGGAAAAUAUUUUGUAUCAAAUUUUACUGAGUCCUGAACGUUUGGAUAUUUAAAACCUUUUUUUCAACUUCGCAACACUGGGCGCAAUGCAUUUCUAUAUAAGGUGACUCAGUAAAUGAGCCGGUAACAGGAGUUGUGUGGACCAAUGAGAACAUCAGGAAUGCAAUAUUCAGAGUUGAAAAUUUAAGAAAUUUACAUUAUUACAAUUUUCCUUUUUUUUUUUUUUUCUUCAUAGAAAUUAUCUCAGGUGCCAGUGGUCGGAGUAACCUGCGCCGCCUGUGUGUUUCCUUGUUUAAACAAGUUAAAGUUUCCGGUAAAGUUAAUAGUACAUUGGUUUUAAACAGUGUUUUUGAGUGAUUAUUCACAUCUGGCCAUACUGACUUGCUAUAAUUGUCUCCGCGCGUUCCCUAAAAGAGUAGCUUUUGGUUCUUUUCAAGCUAUCGGUGAUUUGUAAUUUUAUUUCCUUUCAUUUCAAACUCAUUAAAAACCAAUACCUUACGAUAUCUUGAAGCAAUCAUAUUACCAUUUAGCUUGUUUCUUUUCCGUUGCUUUUUAUUUGUAUGAAGACAUUUUUCACAGUCGGGCGUAUCGAAGACCGUCCAAUCAUCUAAAAUGUGCGUAUUUUUCUGUCUAAUUAGGUUUUGCUUCUGGACGAGUGCAGUCAGAUGACAGAGCCGGCGUCUCUUCUCCCAAUGGCUAGGUACGUGUCCCUUUGCUCGACUUUACGCCCUGAAAUACAUCAUUAUUUUUCUCCAUCCAAGAGAUUACUUUGUAUUUUAGGUCUGUCCAUCUCUCUUUGGUGUUUUUCCGCCUCAGAAAGGUUUAAUUUGUAGUUUUAAUUUAGUUUGUAACACUUCUCUUUGCAUGAAACGUAUUUCUGCUCGUUGACGAUUAACAUAUGAACGUGCAUAAGUGCUAAAGCGCAAAAGAAUCAUGAUCGCCAAGAGCAAAUUUGUAGUAACAUCGGCGAUCAACUGGUUGCAUUUUCGGACUUGACUUAGCUUUAGUUCCUCAGGCUGGUAAACGGAAUGCGUCAGCACGAAUCCUACCACGUUGAUGAAAUUCAUGGUAUAUAGAGAUCAAAGAACAAUUCACAAGACGCUAAACAACCUUUUAAUGUACGAAAUAUACCUUCCAAAAACCAAGAACAACAACAACACACAAAGUAAACAAAAACACAUUGCACAAACGUACGAUUUAUUGGUACCAUUUUCUUACAGAUUUGAAUGCCAAAAGCUUGUCCUGGUCGGAGACCCAAAAGUAAGUGCUUUUUUAAGGGUUAUCCUUCUGCCUGGCCAUCCCUUUUUAUUGAAUUUCAGUUCUAAACACUUGAAUUGCUUUCCUCUUUUUCGUCUUUGUUUCCCCUUCUUGUAGCAACUUAGUCCAACGAUUCAGGGUUCCGAGCCUGACCAUGAGGUUGGACUUGAACAAACUUUGUUUGAUCGACUGAUCAAGAUGGUAAGUUCAUUCUAAGUGUUUUAUCAAGCUUAGGUGGAUUUUCGACCCUUUUCAACGGACUUACAUCGAUUAACUCCUAGGUUGCAUCGAUUAAUUCUUAGGUUACAUCGACUGAUCCAAGAUACUAUAGUGUCCGGAAUCGGACGCCAAAGUUCAAAAUCGGACACUAAUCUCUCAAAUCGGAAACUGAUGUCCAAAAUCGGAGGACAGUGGAGUCCAAAAUCGGAUGCGAGUGUCUGAACUUGGACACUAGUUUCUAAAAUCAGACACUGUUGUCCAAAAUUGGACUCUGCUGUCUAAAAUGUGACACUAGUGUCUAAAUGCGACACCAUUGUCUAAAAUCGGACAUUAAUGUUUUAUGACUCUAAAUGUGUGAAAGAAGCAUGAAGUUUAAGUACAGUUUACCAUUUUGACGUUGCAAACAAGGAUAAUUUUUAAGUCACUUUUGUGAUUAUUAAUUUUUUCAUUGGUCUUGUGUUUUUGUGCUUCUUUGUUGGGCCCAAGUUUAGAUUUCUUCACUGUGCACGUCUAGUAUUUUCAAUUAUUUUGUUGGUUUUUUUGUUUAUUUAUCUUUUAAUUUAUCUUUUAAUUCGUCCAUUUCCAGGGUUAUGAGCCUACUCUGCUGAGAACACAGGUAAGAUACCGCACCAUUUCAUCCUUUAACUCGCAGAAACGAUUAACAUGUAACUUCUCCCUAUAAUAUCCAUAAAUUAUCCAGCAAAGAUAUAAUGGGAAUACUCAGACCUAUGAGGAAGAAGUUGUUAUAUUGAUGUAGCACCAAAUUCUCCCAACUAAUCAACAAGGAAAUGUGUAGCAGCUACAGGGGAGAAUUAACAUUCCAAUCAAGGGAGGUAAAGGAUGAAAUGAGCUGUAAAAGUCAAUUCCCUUCGAAGGCGCUGAUCCAACCAUAUCGAUUUGUAGAUGUGUGAAUUGCUUAGUCAUCGAAAAAUAACAAAGUAGUCAAAUUGAUGUGUCGAAUGGACCAAAAAAAGCCGUUGAUUUUUACUCUUCUGCUGUUCUUUUUAGUACCGUUGUCAUCCAACGAUCAGUGCGAUAUCCAACACGUGAGUACAAAUUGAUUUCAUGUUUGCUUCUUUUUUUUCGUGUUUUUAAACCGUAAAAGUGAUCUGAGCUUUGAACUGCCGGUUUGUUUACACUGCUCACAUAACUUCCUUGUGUUUUCUGCUGAACAUCGCUUGAAGAGCCUGUAAGUCGGAAAAAGCCUCGACUAGCUUGACAGAUUCUUAGAAUUUACAUGCACGUAAUUGCACCAGUGGCACUUGCGUUAAAAUCAGUUUUGAUUGUGAAAUGCAACGGUGAACAAUACUUGCUUUUUCUUCUGCAGAUUGUUUUAUGGGAAGAAGCUUCUCGACGGGGUAACAUCUGAAGAUCGUUCCCCAAUAGUGGUAAGUUUCCAUAAGUUCUGUGCUAGUUAGGCCAAAUGAUCCACCCGGGUAAAAGCUGUACUGACUUUAAUCCUUUAUUAGUUCAGCUUGAAAAAAUGUAUGGGUUUUUCCGAUUUGUCGAAACUUAAUAGGAACGACAAUUUUCACGUUCUUGCGCAAUGGCUGAAAGCCAAAUGGCAAAAAUGCCAUUCUCUCUCCUCUCUCCGUUCAAAUUCUAGCCUCUUGCUGCAUGACGUUAAUAAAGAUACCUGUUUAUGAUUGUUGUAUGUGUUUCAAACAGGAAAUUGUUCCAACCCUUUGCUUCUAUAACGUGGCAAGAGGAAAAGAGAAAUGUGGACGAGAUGGAAGUUACUACAACGACGAAGAGGUACAAGAGUCUUGCUUUAUCAUUUUUCACUUUGCUGAGAUUGUUAUAUGUGUUUCUCUUUUAAGCCCCUGUUCUUUGAAUGUUGCUGAUGGACUCCAAAGAUCGUUCGUUGCUUUGUUGUAUGUCCCCCGCCUCUCGAACAUACUUGAGUCUGCUUGUUCGUUUUUAACUGUUUUUUUUAUUUUAUGGCUAGCUUUUGUUGUUGUUGUUUUUUUUUCUUUUCCAUGAGUUUUUCAUUCUUCAUUUUAUAUAUCAUUUGAUCUAUGAAUGCUUAUAUAAUAAGCUCAGUUAUGCACGCAUUCUGAUUGGUUCUCACUUAUGAUCUAUUGGAGGACAGACGUAUAGAUGACGUCAUCAUUAAAACUUUUUUUAAUUCUUAAAGGCUGCACCUCGUGUGCCACUUUUUUGUUCUUACCACAUUUUGAUGUCCUCUGUGAUCUUUUACUGAACAGACGCACGGCAACUUGGAAUCUAUUUGUUUAUUUUAUUACACUGAAUUUUGUUCAUUGGUUGUAGGCGAAAUUUGUUGUCUUUCUUAUUGAACGCCUCCUGGAGUCUGGUGUGGAACCAGUACAAAUAGGUAUGUGAUGAAUAUUUUUAAAACUAUCUGUAAUGCAGUGCUUCCACCAACCUGUUUGGCUCAUAACUUAGUGGAUGUUUGUGAUCAUUGAUGAUAUCAUACCAAUGUAUUUACAACACUUCUUGUGUCAGCAAAGUUCCUAACCCUUUUUAAAAAUGUAGGUUACUACUCACAUAUUGCCAGAAGGUUAAUCGCAGGUGCAGAGUGAUAUUUAACAGGUUCUUGUGACUUUUUAGAUUUACUUUCAUGACUAUCGUACCUUCCUCCUCCUACCGAUUGAUGUACGAGUUCCUUCCUUUUCCUGCAUUGCCGCACCUUGGUAGUUGUUAGUUACGAAUGGAAUUUUCUCUGUGCAUCUUGAAACUCGUUAUUCUUGCAUUCCUUUAUUUCAGGAGUAAUAACGUUGUACAAGUCCCAACUGAACACAAUAUCAAACCAUUUGACAGCUUCCAGGUUUGUUUGUUCUCUCGUAACAAGGAAUCGGAAUUCCUCAGUACUUGUAAAGUUGUUGGAAACUUUUCUAUUACAGAGGUCUUGAAGACGCACUUUUGAACAGCCACGUAAGGCAUAAACGCCGCUUUUAGACUCAAUUACUCUUGAUUUCAACGACGAAAACUCGACGUUUGGUACAGAUUAACGUGUAUUAUUGAACUUGAACAAAUGUUUCAAAGUUAACUGCUUGUUUCUUUAUGAGUUGUUGUUUGUUUUCUGUUUGUUUGUUUAGCGUUAAUUGUAACCACUAGCUUGCUCUUAUUUUGUCUUAAAUUCAGGGCCACUUCCCACGCCGAACUCAAAUCUAUUCAGGUGAGGGAAUUUCGUUUAGCGAAGUAGUGUGUCACUCUUACCUGUAAUUGGACCACACUUAGUUUGUUCGGGAAAACUGUUGUGACUCCUUUGGUUGCUUGUGUUUUUGUUUCGUUUGCUUCUGUCCGUUUAUCUUUUCUUUUAUAAUUUUUUCUACUUUGUUUCUAAGCAGAUAUCAACAGUCGACGCAUUCCAGGGCGGUGAAAAGGACUUGAUCAUUUUGUCGUGCGUGCGCACGGAUCACAUUGGGUUCAUUGAUUGUGACAGGUGAGAUUCUUCUUACUUUUUAUCACCUCACAUGCUCUCGGUUGUGUCUUUUAGCUCGGUCAAUAAUGCUGCGCUGCGCUAUGUUUAUUAUACACACCAAGGUGUGAAGAAGCAAAAUGCACUUCAGUGACGAUAGCAACAUGGUACUGCAGAGCAUUGCCUACGUAUGUAUAGGCCAUUGUAUAUGUUUCAUACAUGUGAGGUGCCUCUCCUUUGCGAUGCAUUUUUGAGAUUACGAUCAGUCUGUUAACCUUUUAACCUCCUAGAGUGACUGGCAUCUAAUUUCUCCUUACAAUAUCACCCCUAAAUCAAACAUUUAGGUCAGGAGAAUAAAGGAACUGAUCACCUACGAAAAUAGCUCUUGACUGUUAGACGAAUUCUCCUAGACAGCACCAUAGGAAAUGUUUAAAGAACAGUAUAGAGAAUAUGCAUACUGAUGUUUGGGUGUAAAAGGCUAAAGAGUUUUCGUAAGUUACGCAAGUUUUCAUACCAACACGAGCGUUGUUUCUCUGAGAGCGUGGGGAGGAAAAUGUAUUUCGACAGCUUAGGCUGCCGUGAACUGUUCUCAACAACAGAAACAAUAGGAUGACCUCGGUGGUGUAAUCACAUAGUGUAAUCAUUUUGAUAAUUGCUUUCGGGAGGGCAUUGUAACAGGAGCCUAAAAAGAGAGCGAUGAGACAGUUAAUACUUGUAUGAUUCAUCUUCUAGCCUAUUUCCCUUUUGUUGGUUUCUGAUAUUUAAUUUUUUGUUUCUUUUAUCUAAUGAUUUCCUGUGUUUCCCUCUCAGACGUACUAAUGUUGCAUUAACGAGAGCUAAGAGGUUGGUAAUUAUAAUUUUGCUUUGAGAUUCAGCAUGCAGUGUUUAUCGUUGAAUGGCACAUAUCAAUCUUAAACCCAUAGUCUAAGGAUUACAUUCCCGGCUAAGUGGAAUAUGAUAUCAAUAACUGUAAACGAUUUUUUAGUUUUAAUUAUCAUUUUCCUUUUUUCAGGCAUCUCCUUAUCGUCGGUAAUCUUAAGAUGCUGUCCUGUAACAACGUUUGGGGAAAAGUUAUAGAGCACUGUCGUGGUAAGAGUUGGUACAUUCUUUUAUAAUUGUUCAACUAGAUAUUCUCUUCUUCAGGGGCUUUUAGAGUAUUUUUAAUUUGUUAUUUUUCAACAUAGUUUUUAAUUUUUUUUCGUAUUCAGGAUAUCCCGGCGGAUUGUGUAACUCGCAAGAUUUCGUUGAGAAAUGGAAGAAAGAAUAUGCCAGUGAUGCCUGCCAAGGUUAGUUGUUAUAUGUGGAAGAGUGUUGCACGCAUCGGAAGAUGACCCCCCCUCCCUCUCGUGGUCAUGGUUACAAUGAUUGUCAUCAUGCUUUUCAUUAUCAGUGUUAGCACUUACCCCUCCCCUAGCCUAACAACACUCUACCCAUAGCAAGUUUAGGUUAAUGUUGGGUCAGGGGAGGGGUAGGUGCGCAGUUGUUCUGAUACUGACAUUGAUCUGCUUCUGACAUUGUCAUUGUCACUCUCAUUUUCACUGUCGUCAUGGUAACUGUCGUUGACGCUGACAUUGCCAUCGUAAUUGCUUUCGCCGUUGUCAUUGCUUUUGUCUUUGCUAUUUUCAUUGUCACAGUCGGUGCCAACGUCGUCAUUAGUAACAUUUUCGAUAUUAUAGUUAUUGCUAUUAUUUUGUCAAUGAUUAUUUGUGGUGUUGUUCUUGUUACUUUUAUGUAAAUUUAAUCAGCACAUGUAAAAUUCAGCACUUUAUAAGUAUUAACUAUUUUAUAAUCUAACUAUUGAUAUCAUGUUAAGAUUCCAGCUCAGCAGAGGUAACAAAGAAUUCUUUUCAAAGCACACAAGACAAAGAAACUACUCUUGAGGCGUUUCCGUCCAACUCUCAAAAUCCUAUCGAAUUGAAUGGAGAAGCAGAUGAGGCAACGGCCUACACUCCUGGAGAAAACACCAAUUCAGUUGAUAAAAUAACCUCUUCGCGAGCUCUGGUCCCCUGCACAUCUGUCUUGGAGGUAUCCGAUGUAGUGGACGAUGAUAACGAUGAAGAACUUCCAACGUUUGACCUCUUCUCCUCUUUAGGAAAUGAAACUGUGUAG